AUGGUAAGCGGAUUAUAUGACCCCCCCAAAAACCUGGGACACAGAAAAGCAUUGGAUGUCCGGUCUAUGCAAGUUAGUUAAUGGUAGAAUGUUUUCGGUUACUUCGUCUAUGGUUACUAGCUUCACAUUUCGCUAUUAAAAGUUGACAACAUUGUAAUGGGUUUUAAAAUCCCAUUGCUGGUUCAUUCAUUAGUUCCUCAAUUCACCGUUGUUAAACAUAGAGCGCGCUAAAAAACCAUUGAUUUUUUUCUAUGUCGGUAUUUCAGAAUAUUAGAAGUUUCAUGAGAUACAAUGCCAUAUUUAUAUAUGUACCUUGCCGUGUUUAAUAAUUGUAAUCACGUGUUAUAAUAACCACAGACAGAAUAGAUUUACAUUUACAUUCUACGUCGGAGAUUCUCGCCUGCAAUUACAACAUAAAUCUAAUAUUAUUAAGUAUAACAUUUUACAAAAAAUUUUCAUUACAUAAAAAUAUUGAUAUUGCAUAUUUAUUAAUAUCUUAAUUAAUAUUUUUUUAUACAGAUUUUAUCUAAAAAUUUGAUGUAAUUAUAGACAUUUGUAAUUAAUUAAAAAGAAUUUGGUAGAAUUUAAUAAACUAAAAUAUGUUUUAACUUACUAUUAUCACAAUCAUUACAUAGCAAUUAAAUUAAUAAAUUUUUUUCAAUUUCAUUUAAUUAAGUUAUUUCAUUAAGUUAUUUCAAAUGCUACAACUCUGUUAUUCUUAAUUUAUCAAUUCGUUCAAUAUUCAGUAAAAAUAUUAUACUUUUAUUAUAUUUUAAAUUUUUAUCAUAUUGAUAUAUUUUGCUAACAUUAAAAAUUACUUGAAACUGAUUCUAAAAAUGAUUCUAAAUAUAUAAAUUCUUUUGUUUUUCAAGUAGUGUGUUAUUCAUCUUAAUUUUUUAAUUUAUACAUUCUUUAUUUAGUAAUAACGUAAAUGUUAUGUAAUGUUAAAAUUUACAAAAAUAAUACUAAAAUGUAAUGCUAAAAAUCUCGUGACAUUCACGUUCUCAAGGAGAGUUAAGUUAGCUACUGGUGGAUCAUGCUUGUAUAUAUAUAGUCAGAUGUUUUAGUUGAAUUACUUCAAGAGAUUCCUCACUUCUCACUGCUCACUAUAAUCAUUCUAUAAUAAUUGAUUGGUCCUCGAGAAUAUUUGAUUCUCCUUGAAGGAAAUCGGGGAGUAUUGUUGUUUAAUAGUGCUCGUUUGUGAACAAUGGCUACUUAAUCAUACAAAGUACGCACACAUCUUAACUAUAUAAGUGUAAGCAAAUUGUACGAUGAAAAUAUCAGUUUUUUAACGAAACUAACAACGCUUGCACAUAAUUUUAAAUUUGCACACAUUUUUAUCUCUUUCUCUCUCUCUUUCUCCACACACAUACACACACGCUUAAUUUUAAGUUAUAAAUAACAUGUAUAUUGAAUUUGUAUUCGAACGCCCAUUUUAUAAAAUAAAAUUGUAUUAUAUAUUAUUUGAUGUUUAUGUGUAUUAUAUGCUUUCAUAUUUAAAUAUAUUUUGAACGUUAAAUUAUCUGGCUGCCAACGAUGACUCAUUUGCUGUGGAAAUGUACAGUACAGUACUGAGACUGAUAACACUGCUUGUACAGCUAAAUAAAAAUUUAGUCGCAAUUGAUGUUGCACUUAACAAUGCGAUAUAUCACUGUACUACAUUUUUCGAAAAAUUAUGUUUUUCAAUUCACAUAAGUACAUAUAUUUAAGUUUAUUAUUUUAUCAACUUAUCUUUUACAAUUUGUAUCAGAUACGAUAAUCAAUUCAAAUUUAAUGUAAAUUACAAUUUAUAUAAUUUAUUUGACAUUCUCCCAAAUGUCAAAAUUAAGAUUAAAGUGAUAAAAUAUGAAGAUUAAAUUCGGAUGCAUAUAUAAUUUUAUUUUAAUCAUAGUUAAUGGCAUAUAUCUUGCAUAUAUUUUUACAUAUAUUUUUAUUCUUUUUUUAAAAUAAAUAUUAAUGUAAAUUUUGCAUAUAAAAUAUCUUAUGAUGCGCUUAAUUAAAUAACAUAACUUGAGAUUGUCUUCAUACUAUAAAAUUUAAAUUUAUAUUACAAAUUAUUUAAAUAAAUUGAAAUAUUUUUCAAUUCCCAUAAAUAUAUAUAUUUGAUAAAUUUAUUCAUAAAUUUGAAUGAGAUUUUAUACAAAUGAUAUUUUAUUUUUACAGGAAAGAUAUAAAUAAAAAUAAUUAGCUGAAAGCUAAGAGAAAAUUGACUUUUUAUACAUACAAUAGUUAAAAUUAUGUAAAUAUCUAUAAAAAUAUAAUAAAUGACAUAUUAGAUUGAAGUUUUAUUAUUAUUUAAUACAAAUGGAAGGUAACUGUGAAGACAAUAAAAUAUCUAAGCCAAAUCCUUGGCCAUAUAUGAACAUAGGAUCAUUGUUCAUAUCAUUUUUGACUAAAUUGGCAACUGCUGGCGUUAUUUGGAGCUGGGGAUAUUUAAACUUAAAUAUAGCAUGGUUAAUUGCACCAAUUGCUUUGGUAGCAUGGAAAGUAGAACGCAGGAAAGACAACGAAUUAAAAGCAAUUACUGCUCAAGCUAGUGUUAUGGCUAAAGAAAAAGAACUAAUAAUGAGUCGAUUGGAUGAAUUACCUUCCUGGGUUUAUUUCCCCGACUUUGACAGAGCUGAAUGGUUAAAUAAAGUUUUGUAUAAAGUUUGGCCAAGUAUAAAUCAAUUUGCUCGUGAACUUUGCAAGCAAACUAUUGAACCUGCUAUAAUAGAGAAAUUGGGAGAAUAUAAAGUAAAAGGAUUUCAAUUUGAAAGGCUGGUCUUGGGUCGUAUUAUUCGUGGAAUGAUGAGAAUAGUUAUGAAACCAUUAUUACCUGCAAUGCCUAUAGUUGGUGGUGUACAAGCAUUUUUUUUAAAUCCACCAGCUAUUAAUUUUAAUUUGGUUGGAGUUGCAGACGUUCUUGAUUUACCUGGUUUUAAUGAAAUUUUAAGGAAAACAAUAGUGGAACAAAUAGCAGCUUUUGUCGUAUUGCCAAAUAAAAUUGUUAUACCAUUAACUGAAGCAGUUCCAGUUGAAUUAUUAAAAAUACCAGAGCCUGAAGGUGUUUUAAGAAUUCAUGUAGUAGAAGCAAAACACCUUAUGAAAAAGGAUAUAGGAAUGUUAGGUAAAGGUAAAUCUGAUCCAUAUGCCAUUAUAAAAAUUGGAGCACAAGAAUUUAGAACAAAGACUAUAGAUAAUACUGUGAAUCCAAAAUGGGAUUUUUGGUGUGAGGUAUGUGUAAUUUUACAAAGGAUCACAUAUUGAUAAUAUUUAAUGCAUGUGCUUUGCUAUAUUUCCUUGUAAGUCCUUUAAAAUUUCAAGCACAACACCUUUUAUGUGGUAAGAAUUACUUACUUGAAAAAUAGAAGCAUAUGUUUUAGUAUAUGUCUGUUAUCAAAGAAAACAAAACAUUACACAGAACAUUCUGAAAUUUAUUCAUAUUAUUUUUAUUCUUUACUCAUAUUACUAUUCAUUGUCAUCAUAUUAUAAUUUAUUAUUUUAUUAUUUUUUUUAUGUAUCAUGAGAUGUUACUGAUCUAACGCUUUAAUGUUUUUUCUUAAUAAAUCAAUAGACUAUACAUUUAUAUGUCAGUAAACAAUACAUUUCUACAUUUAUAAUUUAUUGUUUUGUUUAAAACUAUAUAUACAAUAAUUCAUAGAUAGAUCAGAAGCAUUUUAGUCUAUGUCAGUCUAAUUUAAUUUCAUAUUUUGGUAUGUAUGUAUGUAUGUGAUGUGCGAUGUGUCAUGUGCGACUAGUGUGCCGUGACGUCAGCCAUCGCUCAACAAAUUACUGUGCUGUUAUGGGACUAUGAUGACACUAAGGAGGAUGAAAGUCUUGGAAGGUAUGGAAAUAGAAUAGUAUAUAUUUUUGUUUUCUAAAUUUUAUACUCAAGGUAAGCUAUACUAUAAAAGCUAGUAUAAAUUUAUUUCAAUCAUAUUUAUUAUGUUUUUUUGUUUAAUUAUAACUGAAGAUGAUUGUCAUCUAAUUUAUCAUUCACUUCUCAUUUAAUUAUCACCUAUAUUUCCGUUGCAUAUUUUGGUAACACAUUAAAAGUAUUAUUACAAAUCUGGAGCAUGCUGGUAUUGCAUUAUUGUAUUUUAGCAUUUGUAAUUUUUAGUUUAUGAGUGGUGUCUGAAUGUGUGUUAAUUUACUGUGUCAGUAAUCAUUUAGUGCUUAUCAUAAUAUGCAAUAAUAAAUUUAUAAUAAAUCUUUUAGUAGCAGAAUAAAAUUAAAUUUUUAUUUUAAUAAUUAUUUUAUUAUUAAUUAUUUUUUACUUUAUCUUAAUCUAACUUAAUUAUUUAUUAUUUAAAUUAAGUUUUUAAUUUUAAUUAUAUUCAUAGUCAUUCUAUGUGGCACAUAUGUACACAUAA